AGAUAAAACGAUACAAUAGCCAGUCGUCCAGCAUGACCAAAAAAAUCAACUGGGGUUUAUACUUCUCUGUUGUAUCAAUUAAUUUGACGUCGUUUAUAACCGGCGCUGCCUACUCUUGGACCUCCCCUGUGAUCCCAAAACUGAACAACCCUGAAAAAAUUGCCGACAAUCCCUUCGGCCGUUUGAUAACCCCAUUUGAAGAGUCAUGGCUUGCGAGUUUGAUCAGUGUGGGGGCUGCAAUCGGCCCUAUUUUGAGCGCAAUUGUUGUUGACAAAAUCGGACGAAAAAAAACACUCCUGGUACUCACAAUCCCGAUGAUAAUCCCAAAUCUGGUACUAGCUUUCGCCAAAAAUAUCAACCUCUACUACUUUAGUAGAUUUUUCCUGGGUCUUGGGAUAGGUUCCGUCUAUUCCAUUGUCCCCAUCUACGUUGGAGAGAUCGCUGAAGACACAAAUAGGGGCACUUUGGGGUGCUGCAUCAGCGUUAUGUACGUUUUUGGGACCGUUUUUUGUUUCAUUAUUGGCCCUUURUUGACCAUCAAAAGUCUGUGUUUGGUUUUGGUGGUACCAGCGGUGCUUUUUGUCCUAAUUGCCAGUUUUUAUGUCCCUGAAAGUCCCUAUUAUCUCCUCAUGGUGGGACGCAAGGAAGAAGCCGAAGUUGCGUUGAGGAAAUUACGAAAAAGUUUCGACGAAAAAGAGUUGGAGGAAAUGACAAAAAAUGUCGAAUUAUCAAAAAGUGUGAAAAUCAAAUUUGGGGAAAUCGUCAAAAGUCGGAUUAUAAGAAAAGGCGUGAUGAUUGGAUCCGGGUUGAUUUUCUUCCAGCAAUGCUCCGGGAUCACCGUCAUCGUGGCUUACAUGCAGUCGAUUUUUGAAGCUUCCGGAAGUAGUCUCAAACCGGAAAUUUGCGCAAUUAUCAUCGGGAUGAUUCAAUUAAGCACGAAUUUGGUCACAUCCCAACUUAUCGACCGUUUGGGUCGAAGAAUCCUACUUUUGGGGUCUUUGAUCGGAAUGUUCCUUUCUCAUGUCCUUCUAGGACUGUAUUUUUGGCUCAAAAUCAACCAUUUUCACAAUAUUGUUUCCCAUUUAUUCUGGGUGCCCGUUUGCAGUCUUAUUUUUUAUUUCAUUAUGUUUACCACUGGUGUUGGACCUGUGAGUUGGUCAAUGCUUGGUGAGAUUUUUCCGACUCAUGUCAGAUCGCACGCUUCCACUUUUGUCUGUUGCUUUUGCUCAGUUUUYGGCUUUUUCCUCACGCUGUUUUUCCCAAAUUUGGCCCAGAUUAUGGGAUUGGGGUUCACGUUUUGGGGUUUUGCUGGGUGUUGUCUAGUGGGGGUGGGUUUUGUCUGGAGGGUUGUGCCGGAAACAAGGGGGAAAAGUCUGCUUGAGAUACAACAAAUUUUGGAAUAUGGCUCAAUAAAAAAUUGAGUCGUUUUUAUUUUAUUCAACGAGUUUUUUAUCUCGUUUAAAAUCAUAUUUUGAUGGCUUUGAGAUAUAGAAAUUGCUCUAUUUCAUUUAUUUUUCUAAUUAUGUUAAAAAAUUUGUACUUUUCUCAACCUUUUCACUUGAAAAAGUUAUUCAAUUGUGGAGAAAAUUGAAACGUAUGAAAAAUAGUUAUUUUUUAUAUAAG